UUCGAGUCAGUCUGCGUCCGCCAGUCGUCGCGACGUCCUCGCAUCGCUGUGACUUGCGCCGAUUCUUCGUUCAUACGUGAAUAUCGCAUAUAACGAGGGACCGACGUCAACGGCCAAAGUCUUUGCAGGAUAUUCUGUCUGUAAAUUCGAUACCAUUGAACCAGAGUUAUAUUCGAUACGAACAUAUAUCGAAUAUAUUUUUCGGAGGAUCCGAUCUCACGAUUCAAAAAGAAAAAAGAAAAGGAAAAAAAGCAGGAGCGACUAAUAAUUUUGCUUUGGAACUCGUUUCUCCGAGGAUAGACUUUCGUGCAAAGAGAGGUGGUUGGAUGUACUUUUAAAAAAUAUAUUCGAGCAGAAGACAGGACUGUCCGGAACAGUCGCGAACAUCGCGAUUAUUCGCGAUUCGUCGUAAAGUGCCACGAGGACACUGAUCGAAUUAUCACGAGCGUAAUUAAUCGAUAUACGACGGAAGAGUGUUUUCACGGGGGUUGUUCCCCUGGCGGAUCCUCCGCUUCAAUCGUAGAACACCGUUGAUUCGCCAUUCAAUCUUGGUUACCUUGUGCUAGUAUUUCGUUCUUUGCCCCUGUUUCACCCCUUUUUUCGCACCUGUGUACCUAUGCCAGCCGCUGAUUUGUCACUACACUAGGUGAGAGUGAGAUCAAUCGAGAAGGAAAAGAACCGAAGGAGAAAAAUAGAAAACUCGAGUCUACUCGUGGACCUCUUUUCGAUUUUUCUCUUUUAUUUCUCGCCACUCUCUUGAAUCACGAACGAGUUUCUGUGCGCGCCGCUGGAUGGAUCGUCAACUUUGAUACUCAACUCGAUAUUUGUCGGCAAUCAUCGUUCGACGCUGGAGCAUGGUUGGGCACGUAGCUGGAGCGCGUAGAGAAAAGUGACGGGCGACGUAGUACAUAUGUUAGUGUGAAAGUGAGCUGAAACGAGCGAGGAAAAGUGCAAGCUGGCAAGCCUACGGACUUCUCUUUCGAUCUUCGACAUCCUGUUCGUCUGAGAAAAAUGUUUGCCAACGAGUAGAUAACGUUGAAAUUUUGUUGGCGAAUCGCGUGCAAAAGUACAUUUGUAAGAGACACCGGUAGUCGCCGAAAAAGAAGGGGAGAGAAAGAGAGAGAGAGAGAGAGAGAGAGAGAGCGAAAGAGUAAGAAAAGCGCAAGAGUCGAUCAGGAGGGACGAACAUCUCGUUGGAAGAGAUACACCGUUUACUUAAGCGCUCUUGAGAUAUCGAAAAUGAGGACCGGACAGUUAUUGGUACUUAAAAGAAGAGCAUCGGAGAACCAUAAACUUGGGUGUUCGAUGGGUGGCGGAUGGGGGAACGCGAGGAGUAGGUAGAGAGGGUUCGAGUGAGUAAAGAAUCGAUUCUGUUGACGAUAUCAAGGAUUCUCUUUAAGACGUCGAUUGAAGCUGUACGAGCAUCUCAGCUGUGCAUGUCCGAGUUUGGUGAUUCACUGAAAUCGGCAAGUGCGGCUGCCACGUCCAACUUUUGCAACCCCGAGAGAGCUUACGCCGCGUUGCAGUGGGAAUUUUAAACUGCUGCCUGGCUGCCCGUUCGACUGGGCUGGACUUUAGAGCUGGAGAAUAUACAUGGUGAAAGUUUUGGCGAUGAAGAUGAGCAAAGUGGGCAACCAGACCAAUUCGCAGGACCCACAGGCGGUGAAUUCCCGAGUUUUCGUCGGGAAUCUAAACACGUUUCAGUGCAGCAAGACCGAUGUGGAGCGAAUGUUUCAGCGUUACGGCCGUCUGGCAGGAAUAUCUAUGCACAAAGGCUAUGCAUUCGUGCAAUUCACAAAUCCCUUUGAUGCUCGGAGCGCCUGCCUCGGUGAAGAUGGCCGCACCGUUCUUAGCCAGAUACUCGAUGUCAACAUGGUGGCCGAACCAAAACCCCAUCAAACCGGACGCAAACGACAGAAUGUAACCAAAACUGGCAACGAUUGGGACUACUACUAUGAUAGUUACUAUGCGUCGACUGCUUUUCCACCCCGUUUGGCACCACCAUUGAAAAGACCACGUCUGAUGCCACCGGCUCGAUCGCAACAUCCCAAACAACAGAAACAGCAACCAGCUGCGAACACGGCCACCGUUCCGGAUUUGAACCAAUUGAAAGUCUACAGCAACCCGGAUAUCCUGAUCUGUGGCAACUGUAGAGAGAUGUUUACAGACCUAGGCGAGUUGCUCGAGCACAAGCGGAAUUACUGCAAACUACGGUUCACAUGUAAAUGUCACACCUUCAAUGGAACAGCCCCAAGAGAUUCUACAACAGCUCUGCUCUGCGUUCUCUGCAAGGUAUCAUUCCCUUCAGCAUGGGAAUUGAUGGUUCACGCUCAGGCAGCACACAUGAUCAACAUUUACGAGCUGGGAACUCGACCCCAGAGUCCCAGAUCUGCUCCCAGCCCUCCGCAAAGUCCAAACCAACAUCAGAAGGAAUCAUCGCCGUCACCGCAAGAUUUUCAAGAAACCAAAGCAUCGGAUUGCGAAGAACGCGCAGAGGAAGAAGAUCUGGAUGGACACGAAUUAUUGCCGUCCCCUGACAGCGGCAAGUCAACGGACAAUGAAGCAGCUUUGUCACCGAUUAAGAUACGAUCUGAUGUAAAUGGACUGGACCAUGAAGAAUGUGACGAGCUGAUUCACGUUGAAAAUACCACACAAGCUUGUAUCAUGCAUGCCCUCAGCAUUGACUCGUCCUUGGAACUCAACUCUGACACGAACUCGAGGGGAAGUUCUGGCCCAGUCAUGGCGUUGACUAAUGGAUCCUUGUCCGCGAAGGAAUAAGUCGAAAAAAGAAUUAGACAUUGCAACACGGUUUUUCCUGUCCAAGGACUCCUGUACCAACGUCAUCAAUGAGACAUAUCGAUCUCCUUUAAGGAUAACACACCUCUCUGUAUAUAGCUAAAUGCCUAACAAAUAAUUCAGGGUCGUCUCAUGCCAGAUCUGGGACCUAUUUUGGCGAAUUUAGUAUCGAUGGAUUUCGAAUCGCCCCGAGGAUUCGACGAACGAGAAAGAUUUAAACCGUUUCGCUUCCAUUUACGUCCAUCUCAUCGAUUAAUCCUCUUUCUUUUUUCUCCUGUGCUCCCUUCUCUAUGAAAUCUAGUCCUCAAGAAUGGAUCGAUAAAGCAUCGAUUUCUUUAUUCGUUCUUUCUUUUCUCCUUUUUCUUCUUUUCUCUUAAAAAUUUCGCUCUUUGCACACGUAUUUUCGCGACGCGUAUAAAAUAUUACAGCCAAACUCAAACUCGAUAACAUUCGUGAAACACAUAGUACGAGAAUUAUAUUCGAUGAAAAUUAUACUUGACGAUCGAACAUUCGGAAAAUUUCUUCUAGUCACGGUAUUAUUCGUUAUCUGUGACGCGAUACUAACUGUCUUAUCGAUUUUAUCGUAAAAAUGAUGGCCGCGUAUGGUAGGGAUAACGUUGCAUGAAACGUGUUUCAGAAGAUUCGUUAAGAUUUGUCCAGCUUGCUAUCUGUCUCGCGAGACGGGCAAAGAUUUUUUAAGUAGACGCCACGGAGGAUUUCUAAGUAGGGUGCAACGUUAAUGGAUUCUUUUUCUAGCGUCGUUGAGAAUAGGUGAAAACCAGGCCGUCCGUUUGUGGUAGCGUUUUAUGAAAAUUACAAGUAGUCUUCCGGAGUCCCGGCACCGGCGUAGAUCGCACAGUAACGAGAACGUCCGUUGCUCUCUGAGAGAAUUAGUUAAUUAAUCGCGUUCCUUUUUAAUUCUCCGAAGAAAGCUACGUCUGGAUUUUACUCUUUAAAUUGCACCGUGCUGAAUCCAAGAUUAACUCCAAUCGAGUAAUACGGUUGCUCCUGUAGAGACCUUUAAAAAUAUAUCACACCCAAUAAAUACAGGCUCAUACGACACAGUUAAGCUUAUGAAGGAGGAAAUAUUUAUAGAUAAAUUCAAUUGUCCAUUUAAUUCUUUAAAUACUUCCCGUGGGCACUUUAAUUCCGUGCAGUGAUUUAUGCAUGUAUUGAAAAGCAGAAAUAUAGAAUUACGUAUCUUCGUAGUAUAAGGACGAAGUCCAUUUAAUUUCCAAUUAGUUUAAAAGCUUAGCCAGAGUUUCCAUUCCACAAUUGGAUGAAGUGAACAAUUUUAACGCAUUUAAAUUUAGAAGAAUAAUGUUUGCCUCUUGUAUAUCGAUCAUUGCGAUAACGCCUUUUAUACUUCGAGGAAAGACAGCUGUGCGAUCUCCGAUCUACAAAUACGAUUUGUAAAUAAAUUGAACUGUUUUUCGUAUAUCUCGUAGCUUGAUAAUAAAAAGUCGAUUAGUUCUCGGCCGGGCAUGUUAAUCGUCAACGCUUAAUUACCGUUUAGGACGUUGUAAAUAUUCGUGUUAACCUUAAGUUAGCGUAAAGACGGUAGCAGUUACGUUUCCUAGGAUUAAUUAGGGGAAAGAUUCGAACGAACCUCGGAACUUUUUAAAUCGCCGGAAACGUUCUUGACUCCGCGGGCAGUUUCGAUCGCAUUGAUAUAAAUUUAGCCUAAAUCUGAUACUGAUUUAGCGUCGAGCUGACCGCCACGAUGCAUAAUGAUUAAGACAUUUUUCGAUCCGGUUGGUAAUAGAUGGGUGACAAUGACUGAUCGUAAAAGAGAGAAAGAAGAAACAAAGAAAAGAAAAAGAUAGAAAACAAGAAAUUCUAUUAUAAUUUCCACGGUAGAUAAGAUCCGCCAUGUGAAGUUGAUUUUAUAGAAUUGACAGUAUGUGAGAGAGAGAGAGAAAGAGAGAGAGUGAGAGAAAAAAGUACACACAAGAGAACAAAGUGUGGGUUUAUUAAUCGCGAGGAAAAAAAAUACGGUUAGCAUAUCAAACGUGUAUUUUUGAUGAGAACGUGUGUGAAUGUGGUUUCUUUUUCUCCAGCGAAAACAGAGGCAAGCAUCGUCCAAUUUAGUAUAAUCGAUUAGAAAACGAAAAUGUACUUACGGUUACUGGUAAUAACUGGCUUCGUCGUGAAAAACGCGACGUACAAAAGAUAAUAGCGUCAUGAACUUGGAAUUGGAUAUGGUCAUCUUUGAUGUUGUCCGACAUAUCGUGCUCGUGAUUGCAACUCGCAAGUAUGUUUCUUGAGAAUUUUGUCGUUCUUCGUGUACUAUUAUUUAUAAUUUAAAUCUAUAUACAAAUAUAAAGAUAUCGAAUCAUUAUUUGGCAUCUCUUUCCGUUACGUGAUCGUAAAAGAACAAUUUUUAAAUAUUUAAGAAUAUUUUCUACAACCCUGUGGGUUAAUUUACGAAUAUGAUAUGAGUCUUCUUGCGACUGUGGUUACUCGCAAUCACAUGUAUCGAUUCUAGAGUUACAGAUUCUUCCUUUCAUUGUACGUAUAUAAUAGUUAACAGCAGAGAAAAAAUCAUAAGUGUAACACUUUUCAGUCUUAAAAGUCAUACAAGCUUAUUUUACUAUCGAUAAAAUGUUUCCACUUUACUGAAAAAAGGAUCAGUGGUCAAACAUGAAUGACGUACGUGCAACGAGAUGGAGUUAACUUUAUAGAUGUCAUUAUCGUUGAACAUCGUAAAAUUCUAUCACUCUAAAUAUCCAGCUAAUCCUGGACAUACCGAAAUGAUAACCGUUCAUGAUGAUUAUUCCUCGAAAAACGCUUCGGCUCGAUUCACAUUGAUCGAUGUUUAAUUAGAGAGAAAAGACUAGGGCUGCGAAUAUCCGUACGACAGAUUGUGCAGAUUUCUAUUUCUCUCUCGUAUACAUAUAUGUAUAAAGGAUCUGUAAGGAAAUGUAUGAAUUUCGGUUUAUAACAUAAUACAUCUAUCAAAACGAAGAUAAAUACGUAUAAGGCAUGACCGAUAUUCGUGUACCUUGAAACAACAAUCUGUGAAGAAUUCUAAAUGACAUUGAUUGAUGUUCCAAUAAGAAUGGGAUCACAACGGAUGUAUGAAAAUAUAAAUACCAAAAUUUUUAUGCUAAUUUUUUCGACGAAGUUGUCGCACUAGAAGUUUUGUGGUUCCAAGGUACUAAAGGACUUUGCUUGUAAAGAUUAAACGUUUUAUAUUUUAUAAGAAUACGCGGAUUUUGCCUAUGCUAAUUUCGCUAAGCAUAAUAUUUAUUAUCGUAGGCGUAUAUGUAUUAUUUACGUAAUUUAUUACGUGUAUCUAUUAUUGUAAUAUUGUAAUGUAAUUAUCCUAAUAGAAACGAAAUGAAAUAGCCUGAUGGGGUAUAAGUAUGAUGAAUCACAUCGGAAUCGUUACAUGCACCGUAUCAAUAAUCAAAGAAUAUUUACAUAUUAAUUAUUGAUACGAUGUAGGUAACAUUGACUAUAUGUAUUUGUAAUAUUUCUACAGCUUAUUACUAUUAUUAUCAUCAUCAUCAUCAUCAUCAUCAUCAUCAUCAUUAUCUUUAUCAUUAUUAUUAUUAUUGUUGUUGUUGUUGCUGUUAUUAUUAUUAUUAUUAUUAUUACUAUUAUUGUUAUUAUUUAAUCAUGUAUUGCAUAUAUUUUGAAUAACCGAGCAGUGUUAAGGCUUUAGAGCGCGAUUGUUUACAUCAGACAGGAAUGACGAGAUUUUUCCGUGAUUCCGUAAUUGAGCAAACAUAAUCAAGAAGAAAGUUGCGGAUAACUUCGACAGCCCUAGAGGAUUGCAAUCAAAUUAGUGGUCUUUUCCUCGACAUGAGAAAUGAGAUUUUCAACAUAACGGGCGUAAUCUUAUUAUAUAUAUUUUCUUUCGGUGAUUAUUUGAUCAUUGAAAUUCUGUUUCGUGUCAAAGCGACAGUCUAGUUUAAGGAAAAGAUUCGUUGAAUACGAGGAAAUCGCAAACUAUACUAUUGGAAAAUUUUAAUCGAUCAAAUCGUACGUCUCUUUACCCUAUACGAUUGUUGACAAGAGUUCUUCCAUUUCAUCGUCACACUUCCAGGUUCAGAUAAAUAAACCAACUUCAGAUAUUACUGUUCCGUUUGCAUCGUCGACGAUUUAAAAAAAAAGGGGGGGGGGAGGAUCAAAACGACAGUUGAACAACUUGGAACUUUCUCCCAUCAUUGUUUUGUGAUUUUCUUAAGUAGAGAAGGUUGCGUUAAGUAUUAAGAAAAGUCCACCCAGCAAUUUUCUUCUAUAAAUUCUUCGAUAGUUAUUUUCCAGUAAUAUGUAUAAGAGACCAAACUCCCGUAGUUCAACGAAUUUGAAUCAUAUCAGAUUGUAUAUUGCAAGCAUUUCUCAUUGCAGCCACGAAGAAAGCGCUGAUCGUGAUAAAAUGACAAGCUGGAUUCUUACUUGACAAGGAAAUGCGUUGCCGUACCCUUAGCGAUGUGUAGAUUAAGCUACCUUAAUCAUUUACUAAAGAGUGGUUUAUAUAGUUUAUCUGUAUGCAGCGAGUAUACCUGUAAAAAUAAAAUUAUGACUACAAGAGAGAAAAAGAGAGAGAGGGAGAGAAUGAGAGAACGAGAGAGAGAGAGAGAGAGAGAGAGAGAAAGAAAGAGAGAGAAAAAGAAUCGUCAUCAACCGAUGAAAAAAGAAGAUCAAAAAAAUCACAACAUCGAUCGAAAUGUCCUCAAAAGAGAACUCGAAACUUCUGCCGCUUUUCUUCCUGCGUUCUUUCUUCGUAAAGGAAUAAAAAAACACGAAGGAUACAUUUAUCUAUGUUAAGUUACGACUAGAUCUUAGAAACAAGGGUUAUUUGUUCAUAGUCCUAUAAAAAUACAUAUAUAUAUAUUAUAUAUAUAUAUGAACAAUGUUUUAUGAAUCAUUAUCAUCUGAAUAAAAUACGUUAAGUCUUUUAAUGGGCUCGGUGAUUGAUUAAAAUGAUGAUUUUUUGACUCUUUCUGUAUGAACUGAAAAAAUCAAAUAAAAUCACGAGAUCAUCGAAA